AUGCCUACAGACACUCUUUACUAUUCUUCUUCCUACUCGCUCGAACCUACUAAUCGGGAUCUGAACCGGCACGUUUCAGAUCGCCGCAUCCAGCCCGAAGUGCUCAGCCGGCAACGCUCAGUGACGAUAGACAGUACCACCGGCUCGAGUGUCGAGACUGUUACCGGACUCAGGUUGAUGGCCCGGAGUGAUGGAGAUGACCGAGUCCUCCAUCUCACUCAUUCGGAAGAAUCUCCCCAGCCAUCCUUCCACAAGCCCACAAACGGCCCUGGCCGUCACACGCUCAGCAUCAAUCAGCCACCUCCAUCAGCUUUGACGCGUCCUUCCCUUCUCCCGCAUCUCCCAGUUCGACUUAAUCGAGAGGCCGAUCGGGAGCCGGUUUCACCAGGUUCGUGCUACUCCACAAGCAGUUCGAUGGUAGGCGAGACUUCACGCGAGAGUGGCGACGGUGACGGCAGUCGUGCAAUCCAGCCCGAGAUCCAGCCAACCACACCUGCUCAGAAUCCUUGUCGGAAAGAGCUUCGACCCGCCCGCCGAACGGAGAGGAAACUGUCGGUAUCACGACCUGCGUCGAUCGAUUCUGAGUCUCUGUCGCCACUUGAGAUUCGACCAAGAUUGAUUCACCAUUCACCCCCACCCUGGUCGAUGGAUGGUGGACUCGACGACGAGGCCUGUGCGGAUGAAAUGAGUGGCUCUGGCGGAUAUUCGUCCAGAUCAGAUGGGGCUCAGAUUCGGCCCAGCGACAUCAGCCCCAACCAUCAAUUUCCUCACAUACGUCACCACCUCAAGCCAACUCCAAAACGAUCCAGUGCGGGCUUGGGCAAGCUGUUCAAAUCAGUUAAAGCUUCACUCCGGUCCAUGCCAGGAUCUGGUAGUACUCUCGAUCUACCUGGCAGUCCUGCAUCCGCCAACAGGUUGGAUGAUCAGGGCAGCCAGCAGGGGUGGCCGACUCCAGACCAGACCAAGUCCAGCUCGCUUAAGUCGGUUGAUGUUGAUUGUAGAACUGCCCUGGCCCAACAAGAAUCCGACCCCUUAGACAUCAGCAUGGCACACGACCAGGAGGAAUCAAAUAAGCCUCUACCCCGCAGCGUCAGCUCUUGUUCAUAUUCCACCGUCGACAGUCCCACCACCUCCACUUCCCACUCGCCAUCAAUCACACCGAGCUCGAGCUUGUUCAGCCUUCCGGCUAUUGGAUCUGAUUGCCAAAACAGGAAUAUACCCGGGUGGCAUCAUGAUCUAAAGGUUAACCGAAAGACUGAUUCAAAGGGCCAACUUCCACUUUUGAUUAAUUCACUUGACGCUGGUCAACCUCACAGUCCUUCACCAAACGGCUCUCCCAACAUGUCGACUCAAACUGCUUUCACUCACUCACCGCCUUCGGCUAGCUGUUUCGGAAACUCCUAUGCCUCGAACAAUAUUCAUGGCAGACGUGAACACCCUAAGUUGAAGUUGAAAGCCAGUUUUGGUUUUCUUCAUAACAUCAAGCGUGCCGUUGGCGGCGUCGACCAUUCUUUAUCGUUUUCUUUUCAUAACAACUCGACCACUUUCCUUACAACCAAUACCAUCAGUCUACCCUUCGGCACUGUGCUGAGGAAUAAUGGAAUGGAUCCGUUGCCGCACUGCCAUCCCUUGCCCCUUAAACCCAGCCAGUCUAGUCCCUCAAGCCUCAACUACCCGGCUUCAUUGCCCCCUCGACUGGAGCAGGCGGCGCACUUCGUACCUCCGGCACAACGCCCAGCAUUAUCUACAUCGAACCCUGAUUUCUUCGAUGAUCAACAGUAUGUUCAAUCGGCUGCUUCCAACCCAAUCCGUCCUCAGAAAUCCCCGCGUAGAACGGAGGAGGGCUCCCUCUGCCCCCCAAGGUCCCAGCACAGAACAAAUGAUGACACGCUCCACCCCCCAAAAUCACCAUCGAUCAUGGCGGAGGACGUGCCAACCUUAAACCUACGCCCAGUUUCGAUCCCAUUUGCAGCCGGCUUUUCCGACCGAUUCUUGCUCUCCGAUACUAUUUCUGCCGAUCCGUCAGCCGAGUCUCGGAAGCUGUUCAAUGCACGCAGGAAGCAAAGACAAGGGACUGAUCACGAGGACCAUUGCUCUUGCUGUAGCGCCUUAGCUUCUGAAAAUGACGCCCUCAAGAACCGCAUCAAGCAACUUGAGUCGCAUAUCGAUAGAAGUCAAGCUUCCAAAUCAAAGAAAGUCGAGGUGUGA